UCAUUUUGUUUAUUUAUUUAUUUAUUGGUGGAAAAAGUAAAUAUUAAAAAUAGCAUAUUCUUCUAAAACCCAUAUCUCACGGAAAGAAGCUGGAAAUAUCCAAACACAACACAACCAAGUUGCCUUCUUCUUCUUCCUUUGUCAGUCUCUGUAAGUAACUGUACUACCAAUCUUUCUCUCCUUUGGGGGUUUUCGAGGUCGGAAUUCAACUGGGUCGUCAUAUUUUUUGGGGUUUCUCAAAAGGGAUAUUCAAAAGAAUCGAUCUUUCGUACAGUUAUGGUGAAGUCUACCCAGAUUGGGGAUGGUGGUGAUGGUGGGUCUGGUUCGGCUUCUUCAAUAGCUCCUUUUCUAAAAAAGUGCUAUGAGAUGGUGAACGAUGAUUCAACAGACUCCAUAAUCUCUUGGAACGAUACCAACGACAGCUUUGUCAUUUGGGAUAUGACUCAAUUCUCAGUCGGAUUGCUUCCCAAGUAUUUCAAGCACAGUAAUUUCUCUAGCUUUAUGAGGCAACUUAAUAUCUAUGGAUUUAGAAAAGUUCAUCCAGAUCGUUGGAUGUUUGCAAACGAUGGAUUCAUUCGAGGCCAGAAGCAUUUAUUGAAGAAUAUUUGUAGAAGAAAACAUUCUCAAGAUCCAGACCAGAGAAAAGCAUUCCAACAGAAAGAAUCCCAUCCAGAAGAAACCUAUGAGAAGGUUGAAGAUGGUCUAUGGAGAGAGGUUGAGAAUCUAAAAAUCGACAAAGGUGCACUCGCUCAGGAAUUAGUCAACCUUCAGCAGCACCAGGAAACUGCUGACAAUAAGAUGUUGGUCUUGGGAGAUCGUCUCCAGGGAAUGGAAAAGAAUCAGCAGCAGAUGUUGUCCUUUCUAGUAAUGGCUGUGCAAAAUCCCGGGUUGUUUGUUCAGUUGCUUCAACCGAAAGAAAACAAUUGGCGCAUGAGUGAAGCAGGAAGUAGGCUAGAGGAAGUUACAGAGGAUGAUAAUCCUGAAGCAGCCUCGGACGGUGGUAUGAUAGUAAGAUACUUACCAUCUCCCAAUGAAACUUCAAACCCCGUGUUUACAUCAACAGAGAAACCAACCGAAACCAGUUCAUAUCCAGAUGGGAUGCAGGAUUUUUUCUUGAACUCAGAUUUUAUGAAAAUUCUCAUGGAUGAGAAAUUAAGUCCAUUAGAAACUCACUCCCCGUUUAUUCUACCAGAAUUAGCCGAUGACAAUUCAUGGGAGCAGCUUCUUUUGGCCAGUCCCUUUCGUGAAGAUAAUAAAGAUACAAAAGACGACGAAGAUACCAAUAACACCGAAACCCCACAAGGCGAAUGUAGAAAUUUCAAUUAUUUAGAACAUAUGGAAACAUCUCACAACUUUGAGAUGGAACCAGCAGUUUAUGAAGGUCAGUUUGAAAUGUCUCACAACAACAUGGAAAGUUUGGAAAGUUUAAAUGAGGAAAUGGGAGUACUGUUGUCUUCUGAGCCAGAAAACAAUGGUGUGGCAUGAACUGAAAUAUGGUCACAACUCACAAGACAUUUUAUAGCUAAGAUAUUUCAAGAUUUUUAUGCACCUUUUUUGAAGCUAGUUAUGUAAUCUACACAAAAUGUAAGUUGGUAGUACUCUCAAUUCUUAUAUACAAACCAUACAUACAUAUUUCUCUUUAUGUCUCGAAGAAUUAUAUUUCCUUAAAAUAGGUAUUUUUUCCCCUUAA